UCAUUUUCUCCCUUUCUCUGCACUUUUCUUUCAUCUCUUGUUCCUCUUCUUGUUUCUGCAGAGUGAGAGUUGUUGGUUUGUGUUUAUUUCGGGUGAAAGGUCCGAUGGCAAGAGGGAGUAGGGGUGGGAAUAACCGGAGAAGGGUUGAGAAAAGAGAAGAAGAUUCAGAGGAUUCGGAUGAGGAAUAUAAGGUGACUGAAGAUGAAGAGUCUGAUGAGUCGGAUGAGUGUUAUUCCUUUGAUGGCGAGGAAUCGGAAGAGGAUAUAUUGGAUGAUUUUGAAGUGUCGAGGAGAGCUGUUAGAUCAAGAAAUACGCGGAGGACUAGUUCAGGUAGGAAGGGGAACAGGACGGUUAAGCCUAGGAAAAAGAGAAGGAUUGCUUAUAAAGAAGAUGAUGAUGAUGAUGAUUAUGAUGAGGAGGAGGAGGGGGAGGAGGUUGGUGAUGCAGGAUUUGUGUCUUCAGGUAGGAAAGUUAACCUGGUAAAGAAGCCUACUGAAAAAAAGAGGGUUUCAUAUAUAGAAGCAGAUAAUGAUGAUGAGGAGGAGUUGGAGGAGGAGGAGGGGGAGGAGGAAGAGGAAGAUGAACAUGCAGAAUUUGUGUCUGCGGGUAGGAAGAGAAGUCGUAGAAAUGCCCGAGAAAAGAAGAGGAUUGUAUAUACAGAAGAUGAUGAUGAGGAGGAGAAGGAUGGUGAUGAGGAUGAUGCAGAAUUUAUGUGUUUGGGUAAAAAGAGAAACCAUAGAAAGAACCCCCAAGAAAAGAAGACGGCUGUAUAUACGGACAAUGAUGACAGAGAUGAUUAUGAGGAUGAUGUGGAAUUUGUGUGUCCUCGUAGAAAGAGAAACCAUAGAAAGAAUCCACGGGAAAAGAAAGUUUUAUACACAGAAGAUGAUGAGGAGGAUGACAAGGGUGGUGCAGAAUUUAUGUCUUUGGGUAGCAAGGGAAACCAUAUAACAAAUGCCCCGGAAAAGAAUAUAGUAUAUGCAGAUGAUGAUGAUGAUGAGGAUGAUGUGGAAUUUAUGCCUUCGGGUAUACAAAGGGAUGUGUAUGCAGAAGAUGAUGAUGAGGAUGCCGCAGAAUUUAUAUCUUCAGGUAGCACAAGAAACCAUAUAAAAAAUCUGCCAGAAAAUAAAAGGGUUGUAUAUUCAGAAGAUGAGGAGGAAGAGGUGGAGGUAGAAGAGGAUGCCGAUGACGAUGAUGCAGAAUUCAUGUAUACGGGUAGGAAGGCAGACCUGAAAAAGAAUCUUCGAAAGAAGAGGAAAGUUUCGUACAUGGAAGAUGAUGACGAUGAAGAUUCUGAGCUUAUGACUACUAUUGAUAAAGAAAACCAGAUGCAAGAGCCUGGAGAACAGAUGAUGGUUUCAUAUAAAGAGGAGAACCAAGAAGAUGCGGAUGAAAAGGAUGCAGAAUUUAGGUUGACUGAGAGUGAUUAUGUUGAUGAUGAAGAUGAUUCUGAGUUUGUGUCUACAAGUAGGAAUGGAAACAGGAUACCAGAACCUAUAGUAACACAGAUGGUUUCAGAUAACGAAGAUUAUCAGGAAGAGGAGGAAGAUGAAAAAGAUGCUGAAUUUAAAUUAAGUGAGAGCGAUUUUGUUGAUGAUGAAGAUGAAACUCCUAAGAUGAAGAAGAAUGAGAAAAUUAGUAGGUCUUAUCCACAGAAGAAGAAUGUUCGAAGAGGACAGAAAAAGAGCAAAAAGUCAAAGAUUAAAAAGCCAACAAAGUCAAAACAAAGCAAUUAUUUGGAAAACAAACAGGCAGAAAACAAGAGACGCACACAGAGGGUAAUGGCAGGAUCUGAUUCGGAUUUUGUUAGUUCUGCAUCAUCGGAUCACGAGUACACUAUAUCAGAGGAAGAAAGAGAACAGAUAAGAGAAGCCGUGGUAUACUGUCCAACUUUAAGACCUAAGUUAAGAAGCUCUUCUAAUGGAAUGCAAGAAGAACAGCCAGCACAUGAACAAAGAUAUCCAAAAAGGAAAGGUAAAGAAAAGGUAGAAGAUAUGAAAGAUGAAGUAGGAAAGCAAGUUUGUGGAAUUUGUUUAUCAGAAGAAGCAAAGAGAACUGUCAGAGGGGUGCUAAAUUGUUGUCGGCAUUAUUUUUGUUUCUCGUGCAUCAUGGAAUGGUCAAAGGUGGAAUCCCGUUGUCCUUUAUGCAAGCAACGAUUUGCAACAAUAACAAAAGCUGCAAAAUCAGAUACCGGGUUUGAUUUGAGGACCGUGGUUAUCUCUGUUCCCGAGUGUGAUCAGGUUUAUCAACCGUCCGAAGAAGAACUAAGGGGUUACCUUGAUCCAUAUGAAAGUGUGAGGUGUACCGAAUGCCAGAAUGGCGGGGAUGAUGCAUUGAUGCUUUUAUGUGAUAUAUGUGAUUCGUCUGCACAUACUUAUUGUGUUGGUCUUGGGCGUGAGGUACCUGAAGGAAAUUGGUAUUGUGAGGGAUGUAGACCAACUGUUUUCGGAACUCUAAGUUCACAACGUCCAACACCUCCAUCAGAUCGAAGAUUAAGUGGUAAUGCGUCAGAUCUAUCAUCUCCGAUUGCUGGAGGCUUUGAUCUUAAUGAGAUGUAUGUACCUGAAACACCAUUAAUACAACAAACUUAUGUUCUUCCCGAGCCUAUGCCUGCUCCUACCGGAACUGCAGCAACUACAUUAAGGGAUAGACGCAGGAUACAUCGCCAUAUACAAGAUAGAAUUCUAAAUAAUAAUAGAAUGAGUGAUUUAGUUGCUAGAUCUAGUGGAACAUCGGCUGCUUCUUCUUCUUCGGGAAUCAGACUAUUUGGGUCUCAACUUGAUCAAACUAGGGUCUCAACUCCUCAAAAUGCCCAUAUUAUGCCUUCAAUGCAUGAUACGAGUAUCAUCUCUCCAAGAAUGGAUCAAUUUGGUGUACAAUUGCAGAGUUCAAAUUUCGCAACUAUGGAUAUGUCAUUGCAAGAUGAACAUGGUGGGUCGGGUAUGGGUUUUGAAUCAAGAUUAGGAUUUCCGCAACUCCACCCGUGCACCAACAGAUCAAGCAUCGGGUCUGAUCCAUGCCCAUCUCCAUAUGCUUGCAGAGAUGUUAUAGGACCCUCAAGAACAUCACAAGGCGGUCUUCAGGCCCCAUGAUAACUGCAGGCAGCUAACAACGUGCAGUGACAGUUAAAUUUAUGUCAAUCAUGAAUGUCAUUUUUUUUCUCAUAUCGGUUAGGGUUUUAGAUAUUUGAUUGGUAUUGAUACAAUUGGAUUACCCUCCUCAACAACCCCCAUAAAUUCAUUCUUCUGUUUAUCAUAUAAACAAACCCCCUUUAUACAGGUCAACCAUUUUUAUAAUUUUGAUGUGCAAGUCAUGCAAUGUAAUUUGUACAUUGUACCGGUUUUUGAUAUAAUUAUCAUCAUUAUUAGUUUUAUUAUGGAAA